UUUCCCUUCUCCACGGCUGCACCUCCAUCCUCUCCCUCCCCUGCCGCCUCGAUCCCCCUGUCCCGCACUCCCUCUCGCCGGCCGCCGGCGGGGCGAAGCCACAGGAAUCAUGGCCAAGUCUGGUGCCCGUAAGGAGGCGGCACCCGCCCGGUCAACGGCGACCUCGCCGCCGCCGCAGCGCGUCCCCGGCGCCCCGGCAGGCUCGUGCGCCAGCCGGUUGCCACAGCCGCUCUUCUACACCGGCGCUCCGACUAGCUCGUCCACCAGUCCGUCGACACCGCCGCACCUGUACCCCCCUCUCAUGGAAUCCUCUACUGCAAACCCUACAUGGAGGCCAAUGUACACCCCUGCACCUGAAGGCUUGCUAAGUUUUGGACAAUUCCCUCCAAUGCAUCCUUAUAAUUUUCGACCUCCGUCAAUGCACCACCCGGAACAAGGACACCAAAAUAUGGAGAAUUUGCAUUUUGUCGGGGCUUCGCCACACGAUUCCUUUUCAACACCACCGCCACCACCGCGGUCUACUUCUUCCAAAAGGAAAAAGCGGAAGGUCGCCAAUGUAGAUGAUGAUGAAUUGGGAGAAAGGACCGCAUAUCGUCUGGAUGACAUCAACGUGCUCAAUCAAUCGACAUUGUUCCUUGAGCAACUGAAAGGGCAAGCUCCUCAAGUGAACUAUAAUGUCAACGAGAAGGAAUAUCAACUUGGUUAUUACCUUGUAGAUGGAAUAUACCCCGAGUGGGCAGCAUUCGUGAAGUAAAUACCGAUGGCUCAAACAGAAAAACAAAAGUUGUUUGCUAAACAUCAAGAAGGUGCAAGGAAGGACGUGGAACGUGCAUUUGGUGUGCUCCAGGCGCGAUGGUCUAUUUUACGGCGUCCGGCGCGUUUAUAUGACCGGGGCGAUCUCCAUCAUAUUAUGUUAGCAUGCAUCAUUCUACACAACAUGAUAGUCGAGGAUGAAAAAGAAGAGGCGGGGAAUAUGAUUGAUUUGAAUGAGGAAGCAGGCUCAUCGAUUUGUUUCCCAUCGGUAUUUACUCACGGUGACAUGCCAGUAUUUGCCGAGGUACUUGAAACGGAUCGUAGAAUUCGUGACCGUCCGACGCAUAAGGCUCUAAAAAAUGAUUUGAUUGAGCAU